AUGAGAAAAGAAUAUGAAAAUAAAUUACGUUUGAAUGAAUCGCAUACAAUGUCAAUUGAGUCAGAAUUAACGUCUCUUAAGGAACAGUUACGUUCAAUUUCAAUGGCUAGAUCAUCACCAUCACAACAAGAUAUAGAUGAUGAAUCCUCUGGAUUACGUCACCAUCAACAACAUGGCCUUCAUAAUCACCAUCAUCAAAAUUAUUACUACCAUCAACAACAACAGCAACAACAGAAUUUUCGUAAACCAUUGUUGGGCAAACAGAUUUACAGCUCAGAUAGUUGUUCUAGCUUAGCUAACAAUAAUGGUAAUAAUCUUGAUUGUGAUUCUACCCUGAGAAAACCAUUUGGCUUUACACGUCCUAGUUCUACUAUACCCUCCACGCCUCAAUCAUCUGUUUCGCACGAACCUAUUGGGAAGUAUCCCAACAUCAAUAACAAUAAUAUUAAUUCAAAAGCAAUGACAGUGAACACUUGUUCAGUCGUUGAACCGAAACGUGGCAAACGCAAUAAGCUACACUGGGAAUCAUGUUUUGCACAGCUUACACGCAGUCAUCUAAUGCUAUGGGAUAUACCAAGUGAUUUAUGUAAACGUGUGCAUGAAUUACAAAACAAGUAUAUAGAUGUGUCAAAUUUUGUUGCAUCUACAAUCAACUCAAAUAGCAAUAGUUUAAAUUCACGCUUAGAAAUGCCAUUGAAUGCGUUGUAUCAUGUACGCUCUGUGAAUUCAUGUGAUGUCUGUCAUGAACGUGUUGAAGAUUUGCCUCGAGUUUUUCAAAUUAUCUUUGAUCGUCAACGCUUGAAUAAUAAUAAUAAUAAUAACAAGAACACUGGUAUUACUAAUGGUAACAGUAGUAAUAUUGCAUAUAACAGCAGUGGUAUAAAACAGUCUUCAAGCGGUAAUAGUGUACUUGGUGGGCUAUCAAGCUCAAGUUCUUCAGGUGAUUCUGCUAACCUACCGCGUAAAUCUAGUCUUGGAUCUACUGCGAUCUUUUCAACCUCUAGUCAACAUCCUGCGAAUUCACGUCGUGUUGUACGAACUAACUCUGCGUCUGGUUCUCAUGCACACUCUGUGUCAAACUCCACCAAUACUAAUAUUAAUAAACGCUCUAAUCAUAUUGAGAAUUCUACUCCUGGGCAUUCAAUCAACCCUCUAUCUGAUGAUUCAGCACAUAAUGCAGAGUCGAGUACAAUUUACACUAGAGGACAUGUUCUACAACGUAUUCUCUUCAGAUCGUAUGCAACUUGUGAUCUGUGUCAAAAUUCGUGCUCUAGUGUUUUUCAUCCUCCCUUAGCCUAUCAGUGUACAGAUUGUCAAAUUAAACUUCACGCAUACCAUUUGGAAAGUAAUGAUUAUCCUCUUCCUCAAUGCGCUAAAGCUGUCGGUGUCUGCCUGUUACGAGCACGUACAGUUCAAGAUAAGGAACAGUGGAUUGAGUAUAUGUUAUUGGCUAUGAAAGUGAUGAAAUCUCUAUCAUCAACUCCAAAUCCAACGAUUCCAACAACACCGCGCAGUAUAUCUUCACAUGGAUGUAAUCCCUUGCAUUCCAUGUCGCCUAGUGUCCCGCCAACUCCAGCAUCGAGUUUUGCGACACCUAUACGUUAUAUUAAUUUAACUCCACCAUCUGAUCAUCAAAUUUCACAUGCUCGAUCAAAGUCUUCUGUUUUUGUUCAGGAUUCCCUUAAGUCUCAUUCACGUGCAGAAAACUCGUCUGCCAACAGUAGCAAUGAAUUUUCAUCAUUAUCACAUCAAUCGCAUAUUCCUCCAUUAAUAUCAUAUCCCUCACGUCCAACUUUUACUCCAACUACUAUUAUCAAUAACAACAAUAAUUAUUAUUAUACAGCAACAUCAGUAGAAGCAAUAGUAUCUUCAACAUCGCCUACAACAGGAACAGUCAAUAAUCAUGAAAAUCAGAUGAGUCGAAGUUUUACUCUUGGCUUGACAAAAUAUCGAAGUGAAGAUUAUGCAGAUUGUGCUAUCAGCUACACAAAUGAUUAUCCAACCAUAACAGCAAUUCGAUCCAUUUCAGUAGCAGACAGUUCGAAUUGUAACAGUAACAGCUAUAAUAACAAUAUUGUUAGUAAUAUGAAUAUAAGCAAAAUAUCAAAUGAUCUUCCCCUGCCUAUUCUUCUACCGUUUCACACAAGUUCAACUGGAUCCAAAGAAUCAACAGAUUGUGAUAUUUCACCGUAA